UGAACUUGAACGCACAUUUAGAAGCAGUCUGCCUACCGAGGGGGACUGUCACUGAGUUAGUUGGUUGUUUCUCGGUCAACGAUUCGUCAGAACAUGAUUCGGUUGACAUAUUUCGUUCUGACAUGUCUACUAGUCGCCAGCGGAUACCGCCUACCCAGGGAUGUUAUUCCUGAACAUUAUAAGCUGGAGAUAAUUUCAUACUUAGGAGUCAAGGACAAUUUCGAUUUCGAUGGGAAGGUCUGGAUACAGACAACAUGUCUCCGCCCUACCCGAAACAUCACGCUGCACUCCAAGAACCUGGAGCUGAAAGAAAAUGAGUUCGCCGUAAGGGACAUCUCCAGCAACGACCCUAAAACCGUGAAGAUCUCCAAAGUGGAGCUAGUCAGAGAAAACGACUUCCUCGUGAUCCGUCUCGGGGAAACCCUGAAGGAGGACCACAAGUACGAGAUCUUCAUCGCCUUCAAAGGAAAGAUGGACGACGGUCUGGCAGGUUUCUACAGGAGCAGCUACCUCGACAAGAAGAAGAACGAGAAGGUAUGGCUCGGCGUUACUCAAUUCGAGGCCAUCUCGGCCAGAAUGGCUUUUCCUUGCUUCGACGAGCCGGAUAUGAAGGCUACUUUUGAUAUCAGCAUUGGAAGGAAGGACGGAUAUAGGGCUAUCAGCAACAUGCCGCUGCUUCAAACGGAGCCACUCAAGGAGAAGGAGGGGUGGUUCUGGGACAGGUUCGACAGCUCAGUCCCCAUGUCCACCUACCUAGUGGCCUACAUCGUAUCAGACUUCGAAUAUAAGACAGCGGACCCCAUCGAAAACAACAACGUCUCUUUCAGGAUCUGGGCCAGAAAAGACGCUUUAGAUCAAGUCGAUUUCGCCAAAGAGGUUGGCCCCAAGGCCCUGGACUACUACGAGAAGUUCUUCGACGUCAAAUACCCCCUCCCCAAACAGGACAUGGUGGCCAUCCCCGAUUUCAGCGCGGGCGCCAUGGAAAACUGGGGCCUCAUCACCUACAGAGAGGCCUACCUGCUCUACGACCCGAAGGUUUCCUCCAAGAUGAGCCAGCACCACGUGGCGAGCGUGAUCGCCCACGAGUUGGCCCACCAGUGGUUCGGAAACCUGGUUACCAUGAAGUGGUGGACCGACCUUUGGUUGAACGAAGGGUUCGCCACUUACAUGGCGAGCUUAGCCGUGGACAAGUUGUUCCCUCAGUGGAACUCCUUGCAGGAGGAGGCAGCCAGCAAUAUGAUCAGCGUGUUCUCGUUUGAUUCUCUGAGGACGUCCCAUCCCGUGUCUGUGCCCAUAGGAGAUCCCAAGGAAAUAGAGGAGAUCUUCGAUACCAUCUCCUACAAGAAGGGAUCUUCCCUUAUUCGAAUGAUGACUCUGUUCCUGGGCGAAGAAGUGGUAAGGAAAGGAGUCAGCAACUACCUCAAAAAGCACAAAUUCAAUAACGCUGAACAAGACGACCUUUGGGAAUCCCUCACCGAGGAGGCGCACAAAAAUAACAUCAUCCCCAAAACCUUAACCGUUAAGACCAUCAUGGAUACCUGGACUUUACAAACCGGGUACCCAGUGAUCACAGUUAACAGGAACUACAAGAGGAAGAGUGUUGAAAUAUCACAGAGGAGAUAUUUGAGGGAUAUACUCAGCCCUAAAGACGACGCCAACUCGUGUUGGUGGAUACCACUAAGUUACUCCACCAAACAGCACUUGGAUUUCAAUAGAACCACGCCAGACCAUUGGCUAUCCUGCCCCAGCCAAAGUCAAGUCGUUGAAGAUGUUGCCGACGAAAACGACUGGGUUAUAUUCAACAAUCAGAUGGCGGGUAUUUACAAAGUAAACUAUGACGAAGAAAACUGGAAGCUGAUCAUAAAAACUCUACAAAGUAGGCAGUACGUUGCAAUUCCCACGCUCAACAGGGUGCAACUCAUCAGUGAUUCUGCUGACUUGGCUUUCAUAGGGAACCUGAAGUACGACAUCUUCUUUGACUUGGUGAAUUACUUGAAGGCUGAUGAUGAAUACCUGCCUUGGAAAGCCGCACUUGGAAAGACCAGCGGGUUGACUACCCACUUGAAAAAGAGCGACAUCUAUGGACUUUAUAAAGAAUAUAUGCAGAAGCUGUUAAGCCCCAUUUAUGAAAAGUUGGGUGGGCUAGAAAUACCAGCGUCUAGUGCCGAUAAGCUCGAUUUAAUAAAACUCCAAGUUCUCAUCGCGAGUAAGGCCUGCAAGUUCGAGGUUGCCAACUGCAUAGCUCAUUGCCAAAACUUAUUUAAGGAGUUUACCAAAAAUCCCAACGCUACCGAUUUAAUCCCUAAAGAUUUAAAAGGGGUAGUCUACUGCACAACUCUGAAGCACGGCGGGGAAGAGGAAUGGGAGUUCUUGUGGAAGCACUACAAAAAUUCAAAUGUCGCAACAGAGAAGAACACCAUUCUGAGCGCUCUGGGAUGCACGAAACAAGUCCCAUUGCUGACGAGAUACCUGGAAUGGUCCUUGGACGACUCCAUCAUCAGGAGGCAGGACAGCAGCUCUGUAUUCAGCUCUGUCGCUAGGAAUGACGUUGGAUACGACAUUGCUAAAAACUUCUUUUACAACAAAGUCGACCAAAUCUUCAAACAUUUGCAACCAAACAAAAGGAGGAUCAGCAGGUUCCUUUCAUCUGUAGCUAAUCAAAUGAUUGAAGAAAAGGAGCAAACUGAGGUGUCUGUGCCCAUAGGAGAUCCCAAGGAAAUAGAGGAGAUCUUCGACACCAUCUCCUACAAGAAGGGCUCUUCCCUUAUUCGAAUGAUGACUCUGUUCCUGGGCGAAGAAGUGGUAAGGAAAGGAGUCAGCAACUACCUCAAAAAGCACAAAUUCAAUAACGCCGAGCAAAACGACCUUUGGGAAUCCCUCACCGAGGAGGCGCACAAAAAUAACAUCAUCCCCAAAACCUUAACCGUUAAGACCAUCAUGGAUACCUGGACUUUACAAACCGGGUACCCAGUGAUCACAGUUAACAGGAACUACAAGAGGAAGAGUGUUGAAAUAUCACAGAGGAGAUAUUUGAGGGAUAUACUCAGCCCUAAAGACGACGCCAACUCGUGUUGGUGGAUACCACUAAGUUACUCCACCAAACAGCACUUGGAUUUCAAUAAAACCACGCCAGACCAUUGGCUAUCCUGCCCCAGCCAAAGCCAAGUCAUUGAAGAUGUUGCCGACGAAAACGACUGGGUUAUAUUCAACAAUCAGAUGGCGGGUAUUUACAAAGUAAACUAUGACGAAGAAAACUGGAAGCUGAUCAUAAAAACUCUGCAAAGUAGGCAGUACGUUGCAAUUCCCACGCUCAAUAGGGUACAACUCAUCAGUGAUUCUGCUGACUUGGCUUUCAUAGGGAACCUGAAGUACGACAUCUUCUUUGACUUGGUGAAUUACUUGAAGGCUGAUGAUGAAUACCUGCCUUGGAAAGCCGCACUUGGAAAGACCAGCGGGUUGACUACCCACUUGAAAAAGAGCGACAUCUAUGGACUUUAUAAAGAAUAUAUGCAGAAGCUGUUAAGCCCCAUUUAUGAAAAGUUGGGUGGGCUAGAAAUACCAGCGUCUAGUGCCGAUAAGCUCGAUUUAAUAAAACUCCAAGUUCUCAUCGCGAGUAAGGCCUGCAAGUUCGAGGUUGCCAACUGCAUAGCUCAUUGCCAAAACUUAUUUAAGGAGUUUACCAAAAAUCCCAACGCUACCGAUUUAAUCCCUAAAGAUUUAAAAGGGGUAGUCUACUGCACAACUCUGAAGCACGGCGGGGAAGAGGAAUGGGAGUUCUUGUGGAAGCACUACAAAAAUUCGAAUGUCGCAACGGAGAAGAACACCAUUCUGAGCGCUCUGGGAUGCACGAAACAAGUCCCAUUGCUGACGAGAUACCUGGAAUGGUCCUUGGACGACUCCAUCAUCAGGAGGCAGGACAGCAGCUCUGUAUUCAGCUCUGUCGCUAGGAAUGACGUUGGAUACGACAUUGCUAAAAACUUCUUUUACAACAAAGUCGACCAAAUCUUCAAACAUUUGCAACCAAACAAAAGGAGGAUCAGCAGGUUCCUUUCAUCUGUAGCUAAUCAAAUGAUUGAAGAAAAGGAGCAAACUGAGCUGGAACAAUUCAUAGAAAAGAACAAAGAAAACUUCUCUGAAGUGAAGAAAGGGGUGGAACAAUCUCUCGAAACCGUCAAGAUCAACGUUCAAUGGCAGAAGAAGCACGCUGAAGCGAUCCACAGAAUCCUCGCAAAGUGCUCCACGACAAUGUAAAAAAAAAUAGUCGUUAAUUAUAAACAAAACUUUUAUUUAAAUGAUGAAAUAUUAAAUUUAUAUUAUUUAUACAAACAAACCUGUCAUUUAUUUAUUGUUGCCACGCUGUAUUAAAUUAUACGUACUUAAAUUAAUUUUUAUAUUAUUUAUAUAAUUUAUAAUUGUUAAAGUAAAAUAUUUACAAAUAUUAAUAAAAAUAAAACUGUA